AUGCAAGAUAUUGACUCAAUUCCAAACAUCCAUAUCGAAGAAUACACAGAGGAAAUGGAGCCUAGGAUUUUUCAGCUUGAAAAAGAGUCCGCAGUAUCAGUAGCCUCAGGUUUCCCUAGCAGCUUGAUAAAAUUCUGCACAAUUUUCCACCAAAAUUACUCAUCUCGUCCAAAACAAUUUAAUAAUGACUAUAGAAUUUUAGUAGCAAAAGACACAGUCUCAGGCAAACUGAUUGGUGUUAUUAAUGCUGUAAUAAAAGAAGCCUGAUAUAACGAAAACAAGAUCAAGUUUGCACAGCUUUUUGGAUUAAAAGUGCAUGAAAAGUAUCAGCGAAAAGGAAUUGCCACAUUACUUAUUAGGAAAAUGAAUGUUGCCUUAAAAUCCUUAGGUGUUGCCAUCGCUUAUGCCAAAAUUGAAUCCUCAAACAUCAAAGCAUGGGAAUUAUUUGCUAAUAAAUUACAAUUUGCUGACUGCUAUUACCAAGACACAUGGAUUAUUAAUCCCUCCUUAUCAAUUAAGUUAAACCAACUAUCAGUAGAAAAAGCCUAUGAAAUGACCAAAAACUUUUACGACAAAAGAGAUCUCUGCAACACAAAUUUAUUAGAAAUUUUCCAAUCCCCACAUUACAUAGGAACAUACAUAGUAGAAACAGAAAAAGGCUAUGCUGGGAUUUCUCUCUGGGAUUCUUCAGCAUAUGCAGACACUUUUAUUUCAAAGGUUGUAAUUGACACAGAAAAACUGAAAUCAAACCCUAUUUUUUAUCAAUUUCUAUGGCUUUUAGCAUUUUUCUCUAUUGUCCUUGCUCUUUAUUAUGGAUAUUUUCUAUAUUUUUUGAUAGGUGAGCCUAUUCUUCAGCAGAUUUAUUUUUUAUUAGGUUUAAUUGGCUUAUUCAAAUAUGGAAAAUCAUUAUAUAAGAUUCAAAAAUUCGCAAAAAUCGCAAUAAAUCAAAAAAGAAGCAAAAAAGCGAAAACAUUUGGAUUUUUCUAUCAAUGCACAGAGGAAAAUCGAAGAAAUAUGCUUAUUGAGCUGACUGAAGGUUUAGCCACUGAAGCUCACGAUCAUGGCUUAGAUUUUAUUUCUUUUGAAAUGAAGUCUGAAGACUAUUUUACUAACUCCCCCCCAUCUCCGUGAGUGAACAAAAAAAUUUUGUUCACUCACGGAGGGGGGUUUAAUUUUUUUUUUUUAAAAAAUUUAUAUAAAUUUUUAUAAAAAAUGUUUUUUUUCGAAAUUUAAAAAAAAUCUUAAUUCUCAAAAAUUGGAAAGCAAAUAUUAAUUUAAUUUAUAAAAUUUAUGUUUUUAAAAAGCAAUUCGUUUAAAAUUAAACAGAAUUAGCUCUAGAUUUCAUUAUACUAAUUAUCAUUUGUAUAUCUAAAUUUUUUUCCAUAAAAAUUUUUUCUAUUAAAAAAUUUUUGUUCACUCACGGAGGGUGGGUUUUUGGGCAAAAAAUAGCGAUUUUUCUAAUGGUUUUGUUCACUCACGGAGGGGGGGGGGAGUAAAGAUUUCGAAAUAUACGAAAUAAGUGGGACCAAAAAUUACGUCCAAAAGAGUAUUUCUGAUAUUGAGCUGUGUCCGUGGAUGCUCCAUUCUUUUGUCGACCCUAGAGAUUAA